GACGCAGGUAGCUCUGCGUCUCCUGCUUCCUUUCUUUUGCUUCUCUCUAUCUCCCCUUCCUCGCGUCGCGCACACAGGAAGGCAAAGAGAGAGGAAGAGAAGGCAAGCACAGGGAGACGAGAGAGUUAGUAGUAGAGAUGAGGGAGCUCGCCUCCUCCUUCGCCGCCGGUGCCUCCUCCUCGUCUGCCUCCGCGGUGGCGGCGCUAGGGGGGUGGUGGAACGACGUCAACGAGACGCCGGAGUGGCAGCACGCCGCCUUCUUCUCCCUCGCCGCCGCCUACGCCCUCGUCUCCGCCGUCGCACUGAUUCAGUUGAUCAGGAUCCAGCGCCGGGUGCCCGAGUUCGGAUGGACCACGCAGAAGGUCUUCCACCUCAUGAACUUCCUUGUCAAUGGGGUUCGUGCUCUAGUAUUUGGAUUCCAUGUCCAUGUCUUCCUUCUCCGGACAAGAGUAUAUAAGUUGGUUUUACUAGAUUUCCCAGGGUUGUUGUUUUUCUCGACCUACACCUUACUGGUCCUCUUCUGGGCAGAAAUAUACCAUCAGGCUAGGAAUCUCCCAACAGACAAGUUAAGGCCUGCAUACAUUGCCGUUAACAGCAUCGUAUAUGUAGUUCAGGUUUGUAUAUGGAUAUACCUUGGAAUAAAUGAUAAUGCGACGGUUGAGCUGGAGAGCAAACUCUUCAUAGUUGCUGUCUCCUUUGUGGCUCUUCUUGGCUUUUCAGUAUAUGGUGGAAGGUUAUUUUCCUUGCUGAGGCGUUUCCCUAUUGAAUCAAAGGGACGACAAAAGAAGCUUUAUGAGGUUGGGACUGUGACAGCAAUUUGUGUUACCUGCUUCCUGAUAAGAUGUGCUGUGGUGGCAUUAUCUGCAUUUGAACCCGAUGUAUCUCUCGAGGUUUUGGAUCAUCCAAUCCUAGAUUUCUUCUAUUACAUGUUGACAGAGAUACUGCCUUCUGCGCUUGUCCUCUUCAUCCUCCGGAAGCUUCCUCCCAAGCGGGUAUCGGCACAAUACCACCCUAUUAACUAGAGAGUUUGUCUGAUGUUACGCUGAGAACUCUGGAAAAGCUGAAAUUGCUGAGAACCUAUAUAUGGUUGGAGUUGGAUGCUUUUGUUUGAGCUGUGUUUAUGGAUGUGCUCCCUUGAUGCAUCAUCUAAUGAGGAAGAGUUUUGGGUGUUAUGGUAAUAAAUUUCACGACGUUUCCCCCUCC